AGCGGGUCAUUCGAUCGGUCGGCAGGUGGCCCCCUGAAAGACGCCUCUUUUUGAUAACAGCAAAGACAAAAGUGCGUCAAGGUAAAGGCGACGACAGCUUCACGAAAAUAGCCCGAGUCGCGCAAUUGACGUGUGUUGCUCAAAAAUGUCACAACACACAACAUGUUGCAAAUCACGAAACUUCGUGAAAGGUGAAGAAACUUUGGGCAUUGAACGUUGGAAAAAUAUGACUUUAGAAUGAUUAACAACUGCCAAUCAUUCGAAUAUUCGUGUCAGUCAAAUGAAUUGAUUUUGAUGUUGCCGUUUUUGAGCAAAUGAUAUGAAAAUGACCCGCAUAUUUUUGAUCCUCCGUGAAGAAUGACGAAUAUUACUGCUGAACUGAGAAGCCAAGAGAGGAGUGCUUGUUGUGAAUGAAAUCUUUAAAAUGGCGUCCAAAUACAUCCAAGUUAAAAGAAAAACGUUAGCAGCUCCUCAAACCUUUGGCCCAAAUGUCCCUUUGAUCAACCACUAGGGGGCGGCGCAGAAGGCUAAUUGCGAACGCUAACUUCGUUAGCGCGAUCGAGCCUCGCAAGGGCGUCCAUUUAUGUUGCGCGCUCGACCUCCAGAUCAACAUCUGCGUACCGACUCGCUGUCGCCCCACUGAGGAAGGAACAGAUAUUGCAACACCAAGUCAGAAUUCAAAACUUUAUCACUGUCAACAUUUCACAUGUACCGUUAGCUUAGCAUAAUGCUAACACUGUUGCUUUUUCGGCAUUCAAACACAAACCGUGCGAAUAAAUUGAUUUCACUCGAUCAUUUUCAGAGCCCAAAAACAUUUGUGACGUUUUCAAUUUGUAAUUUUGUAGAACAAUUAAGGGGGGUGCAUGUGGAGGACAAACAAUGUGUGUGUGCGUUUGUGUGCGCGCGCGCGCGCGCGCGCCAUCGUUCGUGCGUGCGUGUGCGCGUGCGCAUAAGGUAAAAGCCGUGCGUGUACAGCGGUGAACGCACGUGUGGACUGUGCAGUUGGCGCCAGCGGGAGGAAGAGGAGGAUGAGCGCCACGCGCCACCACCGCACCUUCAUCUCCCCCAACAGCACCGGCAGCCACGCGUGGGCCACCGCCACCGGCUCCGGCUCGCCCCUGGACGCGUACCGGCGGCCCUCGGAGCCGCAGACCGCCGCUCAAGCCUCGCCGACGGCGGAAAUGGCGGCCCGAACCCCUCACCCGUUCCCCACGGUGGACGUCCCCGACCACGCCCACUACACCAUCGGCUCCGUCAUCCUCGCCAUCGGCAUCACCGGAAUGGUCGGCAACUUCCUGGUCAUCUACGCCUUCAGCAGGAGCCGCAGCCUGCGCACCCCGGCCAACAUGUUCAUCAUCAACUUGGCGGUGACGGACCUGCUGAUGUGUGUGACGCAGGCGCCCGUCUUCUUCGUCAGCAGCAUGCACAAGCGGUGGAUCUUCGGGGAGAAAGCGUGCGAGCUGUACGCGUUCUGCGGCGCUCUCUUCGGGAUCUGCUCCAUGGUCACGCUGACGGUGAUCGCCCUGGACCGCUACGUCGUCAUCACUCGACCCCUGACCUCCAUCGGCGUGUUGUCACGGAAACGGGCCCUCGUCGUCCUGGCCGCCGCGUGGACGUACUCGCUGGGAUGGAGCCUGCCGCCCUUCUUCGGAUGGAGCGCGUACGUCCCCGAGGGCCUGCUGACGUCGUGCACGUGGGACUACGUGACGUUCACGCCGUCGGUGCGCGCGUACACCAUGCUGCUGUUCGUCUUCGUCUUCUUCGUGCCGCUGCUCGUCAUCGUCUGCUGCUACGUCUCCAUUUUCAGAGCCGUUCGCCGCACCGACAAGGCGGUGGGCAAGAUGAGCGGCACCGGGGUCAAGACGUUCCACCGGCUGCAGAACGAGUGGAAGAUGGCCAAGAUCGCUCUGAUCGUCAUCCUGCUCUACGUGGUCUCCUGGGCGCCGUACUCCACCGUGGCGCUCACCGCCUUCGCCGGGUACGCCGACAUGUUGACGCCCUACAUGAACUCGGUGCCCGCCGUCAUCGCCAAGGCCUCCGCCAUCCACAACCCCGUCAUCUACGCCAUCACUCACCCCAAGUACAGGGUGGCGUUGGCCAAGUACAUCCCGUGCCUCGGCGCUCUUCUCUGCGUGCGUCCGACGGACCUUCGCUCGGCCGGCGGCAGCUUCGCGUCCACGCGGCGCUCCACCGUCACCAGCCAGAGCUCCGACAUCAGCGCCCACUUCCGACGACACAGCAAGAGUCGCCUCUCCUCGGUCUCCGACAGCGAAUCGGGUUUAAUGGACACGGAGGCGGACCUGCCCAGUCUGAGCUCUCGUCCCGCCAGCCGCCAGGUGUCAGGCGACAUCGGCGGGGACACGGCAGAAUUCCCAGAAUUCAAACCGUCGUCCAGCUUCAAGGGAAAGAUGAAGAAUCACGACUCGGGAAUCUUCGAGAGGACGUCUUUUGACACGGACAUUUCCACGAUUGGCGUCAGUGAACGCGGCAGCGCCUACUCGGCAGACGCUCACGCGAGCCGAGGCGCGCUAAAUCGCAUCCCGAGCAUCGUCGUCACCUCCGAGUCCAGCCCCUUCCUCCCCAUUGGACGCAGCGCCUCACGCUCCGCCCGCGCCAAGGCCACGUACUGCGGCACGGGGGCGGGCUCUGGGUGAAGCACGUGACUGGCCCACGUCCGAUCGGAAUGUUAGAAACACACGCAAACGCACUCACGCACGCACACAAAUUAUUUCAUUAAGUAAUUACUGUAUGAAUCGCAAUAUUAUACAGUGCUAUUUUGCUGACUAAAAACUUUACGCAUUUCUUUGUUGUUGUUUUUGAACGGAUUGAUGGUGUUUUCUUAUAUUUCAUUGGGGAAAAGCUGAACAUUACAAGUUGUAUUUACAUUAAGUGUCCAGUCAUUUCUGUUGCAGUAAUUUGACCGUUUCCCCCCAUAGUUAGUUAAUUACAAUUAUAUAUAUUUUGAGAGCAUUUACCUCACUAAACUAUUGGUUGAUUUAUAGUAACUAAUAAAAUGAAAUAAAAUGUUAGUAGAAUUUAAAAAAAAAA